CAAAGAGAGCAAAAAGGAGGGCGAGAAAAAUAAAUUAACAAACAGGUAGUAAAGAGAAAACGCAUAAAAAAAGGGGGCAAAAGGAAAGGAAAGCUGUCAAGGCCUCCCUCUUCCUUUCUUUUAAAAAACCAUUCAAUACACUACUCCUAACACCCAAAACCAUACAGUUGAGCAAGUGCAAGAUCUGAAGGGCAAGAAAUAAAGCACAGAAUAGAAGAAGUUAGGAGAAGAAGAGAAAAGAUGAAGGGAAGAGAAGGGAAAGCAGCUCCUUCAGCUGAUCUAUUGGUAUGUUUUCCAUCUAGAGCCCAUCUAACGCUAAUGCCCAAGCCCAUAUGCAGUCCAGCUAGGCCUUCGGAACCAAGCAAGCGCCACCAGCACCAGCACCAGCACCAGCACCACCAGCACCACCAUAACCACCCCCACCACCUCAAGAAAUCUAGCACCAGAAAUGGUGGCCAAGCCAGCCCACUCUUAUGGGCCAAAACCAAGCCAAUGGGCACGGAAAUCUCCGAACCAACGUCUCCCAAAGUCACCUGCGCUGGCCAGAUCAAGGUCAGGCACAAAACCAGUUCCUGCAAGAAUUGGCAAUCAGUCAUGGAGGAGAUUGAGAGGAUUCACAACAACAAAAAGCACAAGAAGAGGCCCACUUGGGUUGAAGCGCUAGGGUUUAAGAAAGAAAUCAUGCAGUUCUUGACAUGCUUGCGAAGCAUAAGAUUCGAUUUUCGGUGCUUCGGGUCUUUUCCUGAAUCGGGAAACACUUCUGAUGAUGAAGAAGAAGAUGGAGAUCAAUAUCAACAUAACCAAGUGGGUGUAGAGGAGAGUGAUGAUAAUGAAACUUCAAGAACUAUCUUUUCCAAAUGGUUUAUGGUGUUGCAAGAAAAUCAGAGCUGUGGCUCCAAUAAAGAAGAAAUAAAAGAGAAAAGCAAGUCAUACGGUGAAGAAUCUGCGGUUGCACCUUCAGUUCCUCCUCCAAAUGCUCUCUUACUAAUGCGUUGUAGGUCUGCCCCCUCAAAAAGCUGGUUAGAAGAGAAAGACAAAGAAAAGGAAAAAGAAGAAGAGGAAGAAGAAGAUCAAGAAGCAAAGAAAGCAAUGUUAAUUAUGGAGGAAGAGAAUAAAAAGAAGAAAGAAAAUCUGGUGGUGAUGAAAUAUAACAAUGAUUUCUACAAAUUUUCUUCCGACAUUGCAAAGGAGACUUGGGUCGUUGGUGGAGCCAGAGAUCCAUUAUCAAGAAGUCGAAGUUGGAAAAGAUGACGAUCACGGUGACUACUGUUUUUCCCUUCCUCCCCAUUUUCUUCUUCUAAAUUUCCUUCAAACAUUUAUUUUCUGUAAUUUGAUUUUUAAUUUUCCCCCACUUGUCGUUUCUUGUGUGGCAAAUCCAAAUGAGAUGGCCAUCUUUAGUUUACUUAUUUUAUCUGUUCCAAGAUUUGAAUUAUGUAUUAAAUAUGUACAGCUUUUUUUCCCUUCGAUUGGGAAAAAAAGAUUUUGCUGCCAUGUACAUUUUGUGAUGUAGUUUUCAAUCCAUAAUCUUAUUGUGUGAAGGACAAAAUACGUUGCUUAGAA